AUGACCUCCAUCGCCCAGGCACCAACCACCACCAAUGAUUUCAAGACUUCAAGCACUCUACAGGCGAAGAGACACAACGUUUCCUCCGUUACUUUGGGACAACAGGGAGCAUCUGAUCCAAAUGAAGCAAGAUAUUGGACGCAGAAGUUGGGGUUAGGUUCUGGUAAAUUUGACUCCUCAAACAAGAAAUAUGCCCACCCAAGAAAUGUGAAUCUACAGCCAAUUGGCGCUUCAAUGACCCAUCAAGUUGUGUUUGGGCCUCCUCUCUCCUCUUCAAAACAACCAAUAGCUGUCAUCGGCGGACCCCGCGUUGGCCUUUAUGGCACGAGUGCUAGUUCUUCCUUCAAUAGAGCUAUGGUCCGAAGUGUUGCUUCUGCUUCUCCAUUUGAAAGCACAAUCGAGCCUGAUCGAAAUGUCCAAACGGGAGGACAUUUAGCGCUUUGUGGGUCAUUUCGUAAUGAUGGUCGUUUGCUUGCAGUUGGAACAGACGUUGGGGAGAUUCGAGUAUGUGAUGUUACAAUGCGAAGCACGCUUUCCACCAUGAGUGCCAACAAGCUGCCAGUGCGCUCUGUGGAGUGGUUCAGAAACGGUCAAAAUAUCUUGACAGUAGGGGACGAUGGCGUAUGUAGAGUAUGGGACCUGGGUUCAACCGAUAAGUCGAAACCUCAGUUGACAUUAAUUGGUCAUGGUGAUGUCGUUCGAUGCUCUGCGCUCUGGCAAACAUCCGAGUCGAAAGAUGGGAAAUCUGAAUGGAAGCAACUGGCUUUUACUGGAAGCUAUGACCACACUAUUCGGGUUUGGAAUGUUGAGAACUUUUCAUCAGAAACCGAGGAAGAUCGAUGCAUCUCCAUCCUGUCUCAUGAUGAACCAGUCGAGUCGAUGUGCAUUAUGGAAUCCAACAAUCCUAAUGUACCAGUUUGGCUAUUGUCCGCAGGUGGAACAACGAUAAGGGUAUGGAACCCAGUUACAGGACAAUGCUUUGCAUCUGUCUCUACACACCACCGAAAGACAAUCACUAGUCUGCUGUCAGUUAUUCGGUCAAAUGAAAAUGAAGAUAAAACAAAAUCCUUAUCUUGGCGAAUUUUAUCUUCGAGUUUGGAUGGCGUUAUGCAAUUUCACUCAUGGGAUUCAGAAAGUGGUUCCUUGGAGCAUCUCUACAGUACCAAUUUGAACUUAUCAAUAACCUGUGUAUCUGCAGACAACUCGGGAGACCGUUUUGCAAUUGGUACGAGUGAUGGGAAGGUUCUUGUAAAGACCAAGGGGCCAAGCAUUGAAGCCAAGAAGAGACUUCGUGAUCCAAUGGCCGGAACUUAUGCUUUCUUUCAAAGAGGAAUGAAUGCAGAAGCCGGCGAAGGGGACUACACCGUAAUGAACCCAGGCAAAAAAAAGAAGUUAAGAAGUUUUGAUGUUGCCCUGAAGCAGUUUCGAUAUGGUGAUGCUCUUGAUGAUGCCUUGGCGACGAGGAGGCCAAUGGAUGUCGUGGCCGUUUUGGAAGAGCUUGGAAAACGUCGUGGAAUAGCUGCUGCUCUGGCAAAUCGUGACGAAGAAAUGCUUGAACCGAUACUCUCCUUUACGAUUCGCUACAUCGCGAAACCUCACUUCACUGGACUGUUGAUUGGAAUUGCGCACAUGUUAAUUGAUAUAUAUGGUGAUGUUGCUGGACAGUCAGAAACAAUCGACGAGCUCUUUGCUAAACUGAAGAAUCAAGUUGCCAACGAAUGCCGAGCACAGAAGAACUUGGUUCGACUUCUCGGGCAUAUCGAUGCUAUCAUGGGGAAAGAAGAGAUGCACUAA